AUGACAUACAACGCGGACUCCGGUAGCCAAGCUGCCGCUGGCGGCAAGAAGCAGAUUAUACUGAAUGCAUUUGUGAUGAAUACACCUGGCCACCUGGCACCGGGCCAGUGGCGGAACCCGAGGAACAAGACAGCCGAUUACAAGAAGCUCUCAUUCUGGGUCGAACUCGCCCAGCUUCUGGACAAGGCCAACUUCCACGCCAUGUUCAUUGCCGACACCCUUGGGCCGUACGACGUGUACAAGGGGCCGGCUAAUGUGGUGCCAGCACUGGCAUCCGGAGCGCAGUUUCCUGUCAACGACCCGCUCUAUCUAGUCCCGGCCAUGGCAGCAGCAACAAAGAACCUAGUAUUCGGGGUCACGGCCAGCGUUACGUAUGAGAAGCCGUAUGCGCUUGCCCGAAGACUUUCGACGGUGGAUCAUCUCAGCGAAGGUCGGCUUGCCUGGAACAUUGUUACAUCCUACUUGGAUAGCGCGGCACGUAACCAUGGGUUGAAAGAACAGAUUCCUCAUGAUGAGCGGUAUGCAAUCGCACAUGAGUAUAUGGAAGUCCUUUACAAGCUCUGGGAAGGAAGCUUCAGAGAUGAUGCUGUUAUCGAGGAUCGGGAUAGUGGGGUGUAUAUUGCCAGUGACGGCGUGCGUCAGAUACACCACAAGGGAAAAUAUUUCGAGGUUCCUGGGCCGCAUUUCUGCGAGCCCUCGCCACAGCGCACCCCCUUUCUCUUCCAAGCAGGCGUUUCUGAGGCCGGCAAUGGUUUUGGUGGCAAGCAUGGCGAGGCGAUAUUCAUUGGGGGACAGACGCCCGAAGUUGUUCAGAAAACAGUCGCGAACAUCCGUGAUGUAGCCGCCAAAGAGGGUCGAGAUCCCGGCCACAUCAAGGUCGUUCUUGGAAUACAAGUCAUCGUGGCGGCCACGGACGAAGAAGCCUAUGCAAAACGUGACGAAUAUCUGAAGUAUGCCGACAGUGAGGGGGCGCUAGCUCUUUUUGGCGGCUGGACUGGUGUCGAUCUGUCCGGUUAUGCGGACGAUGAGGAUUUCCGUGUGAGCGACUCGCCGCGAAUCCAAUCCAUCAUCAAACGCUGGGCAGCCACGGUUCCUGGGACCGACAACCUGCCGUGGACCAAACAAAGAAUCAUAGAGUAUUUGAGUGUUGGUGGAUUGCAAGCCAAGGUCAUCGGUAGUCCCAAGACCGUCGCAGAUGAGCUUGAAAAGUGGAUAGAAAUAUCCGACGUGGAUGGCUUCAAUCUCGCCCAUAUCACGAAUCCAGGAACGUUCGAGGAUAUCAUAGAGUAUCUGAUCCCUGAGUUGCAGCAGCGAGGUGUAUUUAGAACGAGCGUCGAGAAAGAAGGUGCAACAGCUAGAGAGGCUUAUAUAGGGACGAAAAGACUGCCAGAGGAUCAUCCGGGAAGUCAAUUUAAGUGGCGUGCCGGAGAAAAGAUACCCAGGUAUCUAGCUGAGUCGAAUGCACAGACACAGGGGUAG